AUGGGGGACUCGCCGCCUGAUUCGUCGAUCAUCCGCGGCGAAGUUUCCAAGCUUGUCGAGCAAGCGAAGGAGUUGCAGGAGGCGGCGGCGUCUCUCAUAUCCCGCACCUCCAGCGAGGAGGACGCGCUGCGGCAGCGCGUGGCUUCACUUGAUUCCCGAAUCAAGUCCCUCCGCAGCUCCGUUAGCAACGAUAAAGAUAGAACAUCAUAUUUGUUCCUUUUUUUGCCUUCACUGUUGCUUAUGCUAAGGUCAACUAUUUGGGAUGGGUGUCUACCUGCAUUGCCAGUUCAACUUUACCAGGCAUGGUUGCUGUUUCUCUACACUGGUCUGGCUUUGAGAGAAAAUAUCUUGCGAGUCAAUGGAAGUGAUAUCCGUCCAUGGUGGAUUAAGCAUCAUUAUUGUGCUAUGGGUAUGGCUGUUAUUAGUCUUACUUGGGAGAUAAAGAGAGGACCUGAUUGCGCUCAGAAACAGAGAGGUGUGGAGCUAUUUCUCAAAUGGGCAAUCAUGCAAGGAGUUGCAAUGAUUCUUCAGAAUAGGUAUCAGCGGCAAAGACUUUAUACUCGUAUUGCUCUUGGCAAGGCAAGGAGAAUGGAUGUUGUUUGGGGAGAAACUGCUGCAGUCGAGGGGCAACUGCUUCUGUUGUGCCCUAUACUUUUCAUUUUGCAGGGUUUUGAGGCCUAUGUUGGGGUCUUGCUGCUUAAAACUGCAUUUGCUGGAUUCAGUUUAGACUGGCAGGUAAUCACCUGUGGGAUUCUUCUCAUAAUCAUGGCCGUUGGUAACUUUGCUAACACUGUGCAAACUCUCGUCACAAAGUCUAGGGUCAAGGCCAAAAUAAAGAGAGGCAAAAGCAGGCAAGAGUUGUCCAGUGACAAGACACUGUGAUUAAGGAUAUUGUUUCGUGGUUUAUUUGAGGCUGUAAUAAAGGGACAUGCCGGUACUAUUAUAGCUCUCUUUUGUUACACCGUUUUAGCUUUUUUCUUACAAUAAUCUCGAUUUUUAGGAGUUUUUGAGUCCUAUGUUUAGUUGUUUUACCUCUGUACCAAAAUGUUAAUUAUAUGUUUUUGCACAUUUUCUUGUUUUGAUUUUAGUUAGAGUUAAGCUUGGUCUUUUCUUUGUAUCCAUUUAUAUCAAGGUAAAACACUUUUCCAGACCAAUAAUUGAGGAUGUUUGAAAAGGCAGGGUUCAGGAAUUGUAUUAAAGGCUUGAUGGUCACUUAGAAGUUUGCUGAGCUGAAUCUUGUAACUUGAUUGUUUGGGGACACUU